AUGGCGACUGUCAGCCGGCCGGUGCUGAUCCUUGGCGCAACCGGCGGGAUCGGACUCCAUCUGGUAAAGCAGCUCCUGGCAAAGGGUACACCCGUUCGUGCACUCGUUCGAUCACCAGGCAAACUUCCGGAUGCCGUCAAGGAAGAUGUCAACUUUUCCAUGGUCCAAGCGAGUGUCACCGAAGUUACCGACGAGGAGCUCGACUCCCACGUGCGGGGGUGUAAUGCGGUGGUGUCGUGUCUCGGUCACGUGGAGGUUUUCGGAGAACCAAAGGAUCUUGUUCUUCAAACAGCUCGACGAGUGUGUGAGUCACUCGGCAGGGUCCAGAGCGACGAGUCCGAGGUCAAAUCCAAGUUUGUGCUCCUGAACACCGUGCUAGUGACCAACCCAAAUGAUCCCAGCGACCAGGCGCGCCAUGGGUGGGCCUCUCGACUGCUCGUAGGAGCUUUGCACUGGGCACUGCCCCCAAUGGUGGACAACACGAAAACGGCGCAUUAUCUCAUUGACGACAUCGGCCCUAGCCACCCCAAGGUUGAAUACUGCAUUGUCCGGCCGGACAGCCUCUCGGACAAGUUGCCAAACGUCUCCGGCUACGCGGUCCACGAGACAUUGCAGAACGGCGUGUUUUCACCCAUUGGAACAUCCAAAGUUAACGUGGCGAACUUCAUGAUGCGGUUGGUUCUGGAGCAAGGGUACUGGGAAACGUGGCGCGGCAAAAUGCCAGUUGUGGUGGAUGAUAAUGCAAGUGGAUAG